AUGCCCAGCCUCGUCAGCCACAAGAGCUUCGCCUCGUUCGACUUUGAGGGCGUCCGGAUCGAUGGCGCCACGGCGGGGAUGAGCGGCGUGAGGUUCGGAUACCUCCAGGACGCCCGAGGUGAUCGAAUCAAGAUAGAGACGCCCGCUAUGAGGAUCGCCUGGAACGCCGAGCCGCGCACUCCCCACAAUCAACCGGACGCCAGCAUCGGCGCCAGGCUGGCCCUCUCCUUCGGAGGCAUGGAGUCCGAGGGCGGGCAGCGCGUCAAGGCAUUCCACGAUUUCCUGUUCAAGAUGGACGACAGGGUCCUCGCCCUGGUCAAGGAGAAGAAGGGGGCGCUGUGGGCGAAGGCCAUGCCCGACGCCAAGAUCGACAGCGUGUACGUUCCCUCCGUCAAGGAGCCCAGCGACCCCAAGUACGACCAGACGUUCGCCGCCAAGAUCCCUCUCGAGGACAACCCGAGCCCGGCGUCCGACUCCCCCAGGGACCUCAAGACUAUGAAGAUCAGCGUCUUCAACACGGCCAAGAAGGCCAUCUCUCCCACCGAGUGCAAGGCCGGGUGCCUGGCGUCGGCCAUCGUGGAAGCCUCCUACAUCUGGUGCGCCCCCGGCAUGGUUGGCGUCACGUGGACCGUCAGGUCCGUUCUCGUCAAGCCCCGGAAGCCCGAGAGGACGUUUCAGUUCACGGACGUGGAGGGGUUCGAGAGCGACGGAUCGGGAGCGUCUUCGACCGUGGUUAGCGGAGACAAGAACAAGAAGCGCAGGCUCAACGGCACGGGCGACGAAGCCGCCGGCGCACGCGACAGCACGGGCGACGAAGCCGAAGCCGGCAGCCCAGACUAUUAG